ACCAAUCGAGGAUGUGAGAGAGAGAGAUAGAGCGAGCGCUUCGGUUUUCAUUUCAGACACAGACGGUCAAAUCCUCGCACUCCGAGGAGUCUGUGGGACCGUCCUCCGAUGCACUGUUUGUUUCCCCCUCUCUCUCUCACAUCCUCGGAAAGGCCCCACCACCUCCCCUGAACUCCCGACUCUAUCUGCAGCUGAGCAGCCACAUUGCCCGCCGCAGUGAGCCACACCCCAUGACAUUCCCAAGAACUUGACAGAAAAGGAAGCAAGACAAAAGGAAGUAACCAGAAGCUGAACAACCGAUACAUGCAGCUAAUUUCUCUUGUACGUGAUGUCUCUUUGUAGUUCUCUCCAAACAAGAAGCUUCCAUGAAAAAGUUCUGGCGACACCUUCACCGUGAGUGGCCGAGCAUAAAAGGCUGGUUCUGAUUAAUCUAAAGGCCCAGAGGAAGGGAAACAGAAGUUCUGCGGGAACAUGCAAUUUCAGGGCUCUGCUUGUUUUGCCUGUAGAAUGAUCAGAUAAGCGUGAAGUUGUAAUCUUGUCUUGUGUUUCUAAACUGGGUUUCUGGUUGUAAUCGAGAAUUUUGAGUAGAAAGCUCACAACUGAAGCAAAAUCGAGGCAUGCAGCUGGUUGCAUUGUUGCUCUGUGUUCUCCAGAGAUGUUGGGUCUUGCUUUCUCUGGACAUAUAAAUGAGUAAAUGAGCAUAGAGUUGGCAUCUUUGGCAGUGUCUCCGAAUCGGGUUCCUAUUAUUGACAUGGCUGAUGAUGAUCGGAUUGUCGAUUUCGAUUGGGAGCUCCAAACCAUGAGAGGGACUUUCUCUCAGUUGCUCUUUGCGGAUGAUUUGGCAGGCUUCGCAUUGUCGGAGACGACGAGCUUAGGCAGUAGUCUCAGCUGUCUUAGCCCUUACUCCAAGCAAGACCCUCCCAAAAUGCUCCGUUUUGGGAACCCCAAAGAGGAUGAAAGCACUGAAGUGAAAGCCGCCUUCACUGAACCCGCCAGAAGUAUAACAACUGAUCCCAAGAGAUCAACUUCUUCUUUAACUAGCCGCGAUACGAACACUGGAUGUCUGCCCACAUCCAAAAGGAGAGAGGGGUUUCUUCAUGGGCUGGUGCAGAGCUCCAGCGGCAUUGUUUUAACCGCUCCCACUGUGAAUGGAAGAAGCUCCAAGAGGUCCAAAACUGAGAAUGCCCCAUCAAACAGAAAAACAAGGGGAAGGAGAGAGAGACUGGGGGAGAGGAUCGCAGCAUUGCAGCAGCUUGUAUCACCUCAUGGGAAGACAGAUACAGCAUCGGUGCUUCAUGAAGCAAUGGGAUACAUAAGGUUCUUGCACGAGCAAGUACAGGUCCUCUGUUCUCCCUACCUGCAGCAGUUCCCUUCCUCUCCCGAGCCGCCUGAGGGUGGAGGAAACACUGGAGAAGAAUCAACUUCGAGUUUGAGGAAGAGGAGCCUGAGAAGCCGGGGACUCUGCCUCAUACCUUUAGCCUGCACCGCCCACGUGGCCGCCUGUAAUGGUGCUGAUUUUUGGUCACCCGCUAUGUGCAACGCAAACCUCUCAUCAUCGUCAUCUCCGCUCCUUCAGUAAAAGAUUUUGAAUUCCCCCGCUUUUUUGCCCUUAUUGCUUGGCCUUCUUCCACUUAGCUAAGCUCAAAAGAUGAUCUGAUGGAAAUCGGAAAGUGCCAUCCGGAGAUGCUCUGUUUGUUUCCAAGGUGAAAGGCCAAAUUUGGGUUAGGAUAUGGUGAUGGUUUCCUAUUUGGUUAACCUCUAAAAUGUACAUGUGGAAAAGUAAAGAAUUGGAUGGUUAACCUCUUGGGCUCUGUGACGUAAUUAAUCAAAUCUUAGAAAGAUACAGAAUUGGAUGGGAACCAUGGGGGUUGUCCUAUUUGUAUUUUUGGGAGAAAAAGAUUAUUAAUGGCGACGUAGUAACAAAUCUUGAUUUGCAAUUGUUGAGUUUUAAUCAGUAGUUCUGAGCUCACAUUUGAUUUCGAUUUUGUACUUAAUCCAAUUGAGAAAGGGGAAUCCAUUUAA